AGAUAUCGGAUAGCUCUCCUUCUACACCAAGAACCUUUGAGUUACUAAAUGGAACUUCUCGAUCUCCUCCACUUCCAACCAAUUUCUUUAAUAAUAGCACCUCUUUUACUUGGUUCAAUUCUGCUGUAUUGGAAGAAAUAUGGAAGAAUACCCAACAGAAAUCAAAAACAAGAAGCACCAGAGGCACCAGGAGGAAGACUAAUAAUGGGUCACCUUCAUCUUUUCGAUGAAGUGGAUUCGAUGCAUCGAAAACUCGGUUCCAUGGCGGAUGAAUAUGGUCCUGCUUUCACCAUCCGACUCGGUUCUCACAAAACACUAGUUGUAAGUAACUGGGAAUUGGUUAAAGAAUGUUUUACUACAAAUGAUAUAUGCUUCUCAAAUCAUCCGGCUAUUCUAUCUGUUAAGCUCUUGUUUUACGGUGUUGUCUCGGUUGGUUAUGUUCCUUAUGGAGCUUAUUGGAGAGAACUAAGAAAAUUUUCAGCUAUAAAACUUCUUUCGAAUUAUCGUCUUGACACGUUGAAGGAUUUGAGAACUUCUGAAGUCGACUCGAGCUUUAAAUCUUUGUAUAGUCAAUGCGAGGGAAAUGAUUUAAAAUUUUCUUCGGUGAGGUUGGAUAGUUGGUUGGGAGAUUUGGCAUUUAAUGUGAUAGCCAGAAUUGUCAUCGGAAAGAAGAAUUUCGCAACAAAUGGAGCGGAGAGAUAUAAGGCAGCUAUGCAGGAAGCUAUGAGACUAGUGACAGUUUUUGCAUUUGCGGAUGUGUUUCCGGCAUUAAGUUGGUUAGACAAUUUUACAGGUUUAACUAGAGAUUUGAAAAGAUGUGCAUGUGAAAUUGACGAUAUACUUUCCGGUUGGGUGGAAGAGCACCGUUCCAAAAGAAUUAGCGUUAACGAACCAUCAGAACCCGAACAGGAUUUUAUUGAUGCCUGUUUAGAUAAUCUGCAAGAGAUUUCUUCGUUGCCCGGUGUUGAUCCUGAUAUUGUCAUCAAAUCGACUUGUCUGGAUACGAUAAUGAACGGGAGCGACACUCUAGCCUUAACACUGACAUGGGCAAUUUCCUUACUCUUGAACCAUCCGGCCGCGCUAAAGAAAGCGCAGGAGGAGUUAGAUACACUAGUAGGAAAAAAUCGAAAUGUGGAAGAAUCCGAUAUCCAUAAUCUUGUAUACGUCCCGGCAAUCAUCAAAGAGACGAUGAGGUUGUAUCCAGUCGGACCAUUGUCUCGGACUACAGUCGAGGACUGUGAAGUAGGUGGGUACCAUGUUCCGGCUGGCACGCGUUUAUUAGUCAAUCUUUGGAAGAUGCAAAGAGAUGGUAACGUAUACAAAGAUGAUCCAUUAGAGUUUAGACCUGAGAGGUUCUUGACAAGUAAUGCAGAUGUGGAUCUUAAGGGCCAACAUUAUGAAUUGGUGCCAUUUGGAGCGGGUCGAAGGAUAUGCCCUGGCGUGUCGAUGUCUGUUCAGUUGUUGCAUUUGAUUCUUGCUCGAGUGAUUCAUGAGUUUGAAAUGACGACAGAAGGAAAAGUGGAUAUGAGUGAAAGAAUGGGAUUUUUGUUUUAUAAGAAAAUGCCACUGGAAGUACUGAUCAGACCUCGACUCGGUGGAGUUGCUAUUAACUGAUUAAGAAACACCAUAAUGUAUCCUUCUUGUAUGAUGAUGGAUUCCUAUCUUCUUCCUGUAGGGGAGGUUGAGGAUCCAAACCCUCGUAAUGGCAGCAAAUUUUUUUUAUCUCAA